AGUGUUCCAGCUCCCCUGAGGGCGGCUCUUUAAAUUGUCCAAAAACUCCUCCUGCCCGGCGCCUUUUUUCCUUUAUCUGCACGAGACAAGUCGCACGUGCGUUGUAUCGAGCGCGGUCGGAUUAAACUUCUCAUCCUGCUGGUUGAAAGGCUAAGCAAACAUGAGCGACAAGGGGACAGUCUCAUCGAAAGACAAGGAGGCGACAGAGAAGAGAGGGCGUGGAAGACCCCGUAAGCAGCCCCAGGUAAAAUCCUCAGACGAGGCAAGUGGAUCCCCGACUCCAAAGAGGCCACGAGGGCGACCAAAGGGCAGCAAAAACAAGGCGACCGGCAAGGGCAAAAAAGCAGCUGGAGCCCCAUCUGCAGGAGGAAAACGCAGGGGAAGACCCAAGAAGGAGGAGAAGGAAGAAAAGGCAUCCCAAGAAUCAUCUGAGGAAGAGGAGGAAGAUGACCAGUAAUUCGACACAUGCUACCUCACUCUACAUACUGACUUACUGUUAUCCAGAAACUGGGCUGUACCAACACCAGUGCCACCACAUGACCACUGUUCACGACAAAGCCCCUCCCCUUUGCCAAAGGGCGGGGUUAACACAGUAAAUAUAUCAUGCAGCAGCACUGGAUUUAAACAAAAAUGGACUUGAUCAAGCAUAGAUCUAAGUAUUACAUGACAGGUAACAGCCCUUCUACGCGUCAUGUUAUCACAAGUCUUUUAUACUGGACAAGGUGUGCUCUGAGGAGCCUGGAUGUUUGUUAGUCUCCCCUAAGGACCGUUAGGACAUUUUUCCGCUUGGUGUCAUUUCUUGCAUCUGCAAUAGUAGAACAUAUAGACUUCUUGUUUUGUACUGGACAAAGGUAAAUUUUUACCCAUUUGCUGUUAGUUUUGUUUCCUACAUGUGAGUGAAGUGAUUAACCUACCCUUUGCAUUGUGUUCUAGAUGGAGAUGAGCUUCAGCGUUUAGGAUGAGCAUAGGUUACUGAUGGUAGAGUUGUCCGUUUCACGUCGAGAUAAUUUUAUUUUAUUUUUAAUACUCCGGAUGGAUUCGGGCUCCUUCAACCUUACCGCCUUUUCCUGUAGAUCAGUGUAGAUUUUAGACUCUUCUCAAAACAUUCUCAGUACUUUUUUGCAUGUAGUGGGGAGAUGUAAAGUAAGUUUGUUGGUGUUUUUUCAUCAGAAUAUUCUGAUCGGACUUGCAGUUUGUGUUCCUCUAGAUUACAUACCAUUUAAAAGAAAUCAUGAGUGUGCUGCUUUUUGUGUUUUAUAACUCGGUUCUUUUUGGUAUUUUUUUUUGUUUUGUUUUUUUUAGGCAGAGUUUUAGGCUGAAAAGUAAUCUGUCGUUUCUUCAGGGAGCUUUUACAAAUGCGGUUACAUACUUUUUUUCUUUUUUUUUUCUCCCUUUCCCUAAAGCGCUCACUCAGUCACUGCAAUUGGUCAAAUGAGGAGUAUGAUUGUAAUAGUGGAUAGUUGGUGGCACUACUAUCCAACAGGGCUGUACAUUUAUUUUAUUUUUCAUUCCAUUUAGCCUUCACUGCUUAACCUAGCUUCUUCCUCACUUAGGAAACAUAACCGUAACCUUACUUACCUUAAACUUCUGAAGAUGUGUUGUACGCUGUCUACUACAGAUUUUUUUUUUUUCUUUUUCUUUUUGUAUUGUCAGGGAACCUGUAUCCAUAAUACACUUAACAGCUUUUUUUUUUUUUUUUUUUCCCCCACAAGCCUAAGCUGCUACAACCUCAGUUACAAAACCCCGGAAAACUGCAAACAGGCACAGCGAAGCCUGGACUCUCAUACCUCAAUUUAACAGCUUACUUCAUCUUGCGAUUGCAUUUCAAUGUUUUUUUUUUUUUGUUUUUUUUUUUUCCUAUUUUUAGUAUAACCUAACAAGAGCUGAAAUUUUUUUGUUUUUGUUUUUUUGUUCCAAGUUGACUUGGUAUAUAAAGUGUAGACGCGUGCCGGACUUUGCAGACAGGUUUUUAAAUGUGUGAAGCAAGUCAGGGAGGCCUGCCAGCUCAACGACUGUGUUCGCUGACUGUGGUAGACUAGCAGGUGUGUUUUUAUCUUUUUUUUUCUUUCUUUUUUUUUUUUAUCUUCUGCACUGAAAUGUUGGAUCUUCAUGGACAAAUGCGAGUUUGUGUAGACUAGGCACUCUUCACUGUUCAAUCGGGCGCUGUGUGUCCUGCAUUAACGCACAGAGCCGCUCUUGCGUAUCCAUUCAAGUCGUACAGUCUGUCUUCUAUUUGUCCCCUUCCAAAUACACAACUGUAUCUAGUCAUUUCUCAUUACAUCAUGCAUUUGUUGAUUUAUAUACUGUAAACUCAAUAGGAUGGGAUCAUUCUUUUUAAUGUACACCUAUAUAAAUGUACAAUGUCUAUAUUUCUAUGGUGCCCUACAAUUUGUAUCAAAAAUGGACAAUAAAGAGAACUUUCUUUGUCAA